AUGAGUCACGCGCUGAGCUCCGAAGAACUCGCCGAGUUCCGCGAGAUCUUCAACCUGGUGGAUCGGGACCGCGGUGGAUCCAUCACGAAAGUGGAGCUGGGCGAGUUGAUGGACACGCUCGGCAUCGAUACGUCCCCCGAAGAGAUCGACCUCAUGAUCAACGAAAUCGACCAGGACAGCAACGGCGAGAUCGACUUCGAUGAGUUCGUGGCGGUCAUGUCGAGGAAAGUGAACGCCACGUACACGGCAGAGCAAGUCAAAAGCGCGUUCAAAGCGUUCGAAGGCAACUCCUCCGCUCCAGGCUUCAUCAUGGCCGACAAGCUGCUCAUAGCGCUGACGACCUACGGCGCAGAUCGGAUCUCCCCAGACCAAGCCCAGGAGCUCAUCAGCCAGCUCGAGCCUGAUCAACACGGCAACAUCAACUACAUUGAAUAUGUGAACAUGAUGAUGUCGGAAUAG